AAGAGCACACAUCGGAACGUUUUCCAGAAUUUCCCCACUCCUGAUUGAUCUUUGAAUUUGUGAUUGUUUGUUUGUCCGUUAACAAUGGCACCCAAGGCGGAGAAGAAGCCGGCGGAGAAGAAACCGGCGGAGGAGAAGAAGGCCGAGAAGGCUCCGGCGGAGAAGAAGCCGAAGGCCGGGAAGAAGCUGCCGAAGGAGGCCGGCGCCGGCGGCGAUAAGAAGAAGAAGAUGAAGAAGAAGAGCGUCGAGACUUACAAGAUCUACAUCUUCAAGGUGCUGAAGCAGGUUCAUCCUGACAUCGGAAUCUCCAGUAAGGCCAUGGGGAUCAUGAACAGCUUCAUCAACGACAUCUUCGAGAAGCUCGCUCAGGAGGCUUCAAGGCUAGCCAGGUACAACAAGAAGCCCACAAUCACAUCCCGUGAAAUUCAGACCGCCGUCAGACUUGUUCUUCCCGGAGAACUCGCGAAACACGCCGUUUCCGAGGGUACCAAGGCCGUCACAAAAUUCACUAGCUCUUGAACUGUGAAUUAGGGUUUCUGUACCUAGGUUUUGCCUUGUGGUUUGAAGAUUUGGAGAACUAAAUUAGGGUUAGGGGUUGUACCGCUGAAUUUCUUUGCUAGUUUCAAAUUUUAUGGUGCUGUAAUUACUGCUCUAAAAUCGAUUCGUGUGUUGAGACUCAAAUCUUUCUUCUCCGCUGAUUAUGUCAUUACUGUUUAAGACCCUUUUUGAAAAUUUCUGUCACUGUUUAUCGAUACAAUUCUGUUGAAGAAGAUUUGGUUUGAACCA